ACCGUAUCGAGCUCACCCCAAGUUUCUUCAGUUGAAGGUUCUUUCUUCAGAGCACAUCAACGUUCAAACAUGAGCCGUCAUCACCCAUACGGAGGCAACUACGACAACUCUGGCUUUCGUAGAGGAGGCCCUUCCUCCGGCCCUGGACCAGAUAGAUCGCACCGGUUUCAUGAAAAUGGUCCACCUCGUGGUGGUAGAGGAUUUGGUCGUGGAAGAGGUCGUGGGUCAUAUGGAGGUGGUGGUUAUGACGCAGGCGGAGGCCACGCCGCGUACGAUCAAGCGCCCCCGCAAGGUGACAUGGGAUUGGGAGGAUACAACACGUACGAUUCUGGAUCGACUCAAGAGUCCUCUUAUCAAAAUGGUUUUGGAGGACCAUCUCCACCUCAGUAUGGCUCGCCGCCUGCCUCGGGAGGCUUUGAGCAGAAUUAUGGAAAUUUCGAAGGUCCUAAUUACGGUCGAGGAGGUCCACCAGCGAAACGUGGAGUCCGUCGUGAAAGAGACGAUAAAGUUCACGAGUCAAUUAUUGAAGAACGGAUUCAACGCGAGCGACCGUGCCGUACACUUUUCAUACGUAACAUUAAGUAUGAAACUGAUAGUGACGACGUCCGUCGGCAAUUUGAGGAACACGGUGAAAUCAAAACAUUUUUUGAUCUCAUCGCCAAUCGAGGAAUGGUGUUUGUAACCUUUUUUGAUUUACGUGCAGCCGAGAGAGCAAGAGAGCGCCUUCAAGGCUCCGAGAUCAGUGGUCGCCCAAUUGAUGUCCAUUAUUCACUGCCUCGUGAUGACAGCAACUCGAAGGGUGGCGAAAAGAACCAAGAGAUGCAAGGCACGUUGUUGGUGACACUCCGUAACUCAAUAUCCGGCCAGCCUAUCGACGACAAUGAGGUCCGCCGAAAAUUCCAGCAAUUUGGUGACGUUAAGUCUGUCAGACCCAUCGGGGAUCGCAUGGAUCAACGCUAUGUCGAGUUCUACGAUGUCAGGUCUGCCGAAGACGCAUUCGACCGUUUGCGCCACCAAGGUCUUCAAGACGGCGUCAUGGACAUCGUUUUGGCCUGGGAGGAAGGGCCGCCUCCCGGCCAACCUCGGAACGCGAGUACGGGGGCGGAGGCGGAGGCGGAGGUGGAGGUGGAGGCCGCGACUGGGACGAUGGUCAUUUCCGUGGACAGCCCAACCGGGGACGCGGCCGCGGCCGCGGUCGAGGUCGAGGCGGACCCAGUGGCCACGAUGAAGAACGAAAGCCUUACUGGGAAUCCCGAGAACGUGAGCGCCCCAGGCGGUAUGACGACGAUCACAGCAGCAGAGGCGGGCGCGAACGGAUACGUAAGCCAGAGCACCCCUUCGGCGUACAAUCAAGCUGCCCCGGCACCGCCCGUCGAUGAACGUCUUGAUCAAGCUCGCAAGGUUCAGCAGCUGCUGGCAGCGCUCAAGCAACCGCAAAAUGGCGCUGGACCAAGCGCCACUCCGCCAGUCCCGCAGGCGGCUCCCGCUCCGAUGCUCAACAUGCCGCCUCCCGUACCCAACUACUACGCGCCUCCUCCUCAAGUCAUGAAUCAGCCACCACCCAUGCCCUACCCAGGCGGCAUGCCACCCCCGAACGUCCCGACCUUCCAGCCUUCCAACGCCACGCAGCAACCCGGUCCCCCGGGCACUGGCGCGCCUGCACCUCCGGGUCUGGCAGGACUCCCUCCCAACAUCCUCGCGCUGCUGCAGAACGCACAGAACCAGGCCAUGAGUGGUCCGCCGCCUCAGCUCCAGAUGCCCAACCAGUAUGGGAUGCCGCCGCCACCGCCUGGACCCCCGAUGCAGCGAAUGCCCCCACAGGGCAUGCCCGGUGGGCCGCCGCCUGGGGUGCAGAUGCCGCCGGCGAACACGCACGGCGAUUUCAACCAGCUAUUGUCUUACUUGACCUCUGUGAAGAGGCAAUAA